CUCAGUCAGUCAGUCAGUCAGUCAGUCAAAGUCAGACAGAAAAGAAGAAGCAUAAACGGAGCCUGCUGCGGAGACUCAUCACCAGCGUAAACGAUCAAAGCCCGUCUUCUACCGGCCUCUAGAACACACAUACACACACACGCGCCGACAGUCGUAUCGGGGAUUCGGCUUCUCUGCUGCCGGGAGAAGCGCGGAGAGCGAGGCGGCAUCGUGGCUCUCCCACCACGGGCAUGUUUGAGGGAUUCCACGGGCGAGGUUGAACUCCUGCUUUCCCCCAAAGAGGAUUCAAUGAAAAUGUCUGUGUGUGUCCACGAGAACCGGAAAUCCCGGGCUAGCACCAGCUCCAUGAACAUCUACCUGUUCCACAAGUCCUCCUACGCCGACAGCGUCCUCAUGCACCUCAAUUCUCUGCGGCAGCAACGACUCUUCACGGAUGUGCUGCUUCAUGCCGGCAGCCGCUCCUUUCCGUGCCACCGCGCCGUGCUGGCCGCUUGCAGCCGUUACUUUGAGGCCAUGUUCAGCGGCGGGCUGAGGGAGAGCCAGGCUAGCGAGGUUGACUUCCACGAGUCCAUCCACCCAGAAGUCCUGGAGCUCCUGCUGGACUACGCGUACUCAUCUCGGGUGGUCAUCAAUGAGGAGAAUGCUGAGUCACUUCUGGAAGCUGGGGACAUGCUGGAGUUCCAGGACAUCAGAGAUGCAUGUGCAGAAUUCCUGGAGAGGAACCUUCACCCGUCCAACUGCCUCGGAAUGCUCCUGCUGUCAGACGCCCACCAGUGUACCAAGCUGUCGGAACUCUCCUGGAGCAUGUGCCUCAGCAACUUCCCCGCCAUUUGCAAGACGGAAGACUUCCUCCAACUGCCCAAAGACAUGGUAGUCCAGCUUUUGUCCCACGAAGAGCUGGAGACUGAAGAUGAGCGACUAGUUUAUGAGACUGCCCUGAACUGGAUCAACUAUGAUCUGGAGAGACGACACUGCGACCUUCCUGAACUCCUCAGAACGGUUCGCCUGGCUCUUUUACCCGCCAUCUUCCUGAUGGAAAACGUCUCGACUGAGGAGCUGAUCAACGCCCAGGCCAAGAGCAAGGAGCUGGUGGAUGAGGCCAUCCGCUGCAAGCUGAAGAUCCUGCAGAACGACGGCGUGGUCAAUAGUCCGUGUGCCCGUCCCCGCAAAACCAGUCAUGCCCUUUUUCUCCUGGGGGGGCAAACAUUCAUGUGUGACAAGUUGUACCUUGUGGACCAAAAGGCCAAGGAGAUCAUUCCCAAAGCAGACAUCCCGAGCCCGAGGAAGGAAUUCAGUGCCUGUGCCAUUGGUUGUAAGGUUUAUAUCACAGGGGGGCGGGGUUCAGAAAACGGGGUGUCCAAAGACGUUUGGGUCUAUGAUACGGUCCAUGAAGAAUGGUCCAAAGCGGCGCCAAUGCUCAUCGCCAGAUUCGGUCACGGCUCAGCCGAACUGAAGCACUGCCUGUAUGUGGUCGGAGGUCACACGGCGGCCACCGGCUGCCUCCCCGCCUCACCAUCCGUGUCGCUCAAACAGGUGGAACAGUUCGACCCGGUGGCCAACAAGUGGACCAUGGUGGCACCUCUGAGAGAAGGCGUGAGCAACGCGGCGGUGGUCAGUGUCAAACUCAAGCUCUUUGCUUUCGGGGGGACAAGCGUCACCCACGACAAGCUGCCCAAAGUCCAGUGCUACGACCCCCAGGAGAACCGAUGGACUGUACCGGCGUCCUGCCCGCAGCCGUGGCGCUACACCGCUGCUGCCGUGCUGGGAAACCAGAUCUUUGUCAUGGGCGGCGACACAGAGUUCUCAGCUUGCUCGGCGUACAAGUUCAGCAGCGAGAACUACCAGUGGACUAAAGUGGGCGACGUGACGGCCAAGCGCAUGAGCUGCCAGGCCGUGGCGUCGGGGAACAAACUCUACGUGGUGGGCGGGUACUUUGGCACUCAGCGCUGUAAAACCUUGGACUGCUACGACCCUACGCUGGACUCUUGGAACAGCAUCACCACGGUACCGUACUCCCUCAUUCCCACGGCCUUCGUCAGCACCUGGAAGCAUCUGCCGGCCUGAAGCCCUCAACGGGACUCAUUCCAUGAGGUUUGACGUCCUUUUACGACUGUGACGAGGCACUCAAAGAGACGAACCGGAGCUGACGCCAAACCAACCGACCAACCAGACCGCUGCUCAAGUGGGACAUUUCACCCAGACACCACCACCACUGUAUAGCAUGUAUCUAGACUGAACCAGGCACACAUGGCACAACGGAGGCGCAAAGCUCUUCAUCCUCUAAUAAGCCCCGCCCCCCACCCUUCUAAGCACGGCGUGUGCACGUGACGCUGUCGCCGCCUGACGAAGAUUGGCAGCUGACGAUCAUCCGUUGAGAGUUUUUGGUGACUUGAGUUUGGGGGAGGGGGGCAAGUCACCACCGUGUUUUUCUGUUCGGCGCCUUGGCUUUGCACACUUGGCUGGACGCGAAACCUCCCUCCGCUUACUGUUAGUGUGAUCGCGCUUGCUUGCUGAGUCAUCGUUUUGUUUUGUUUUGAAACAGCAUGUGCCCUCGUAGUGACUCAGCACAACUGGCCUAAACUUUAAUAUGUGCUCAGCUUGCGGUGUCCCUUAAUUUAUACGUGUUUUAAUCCUAUUUAUUUCUCCUCUGUGUGAAGGUUUUCACAGAGGCCGCCCUGCGUGGUCACGUGACUUCGACGGGCCUUCAUUGUGCGGUCUUAAUGAGGAGGGGGGGAAGCUCAGAUUACCCGCAGUUUGAGGCUGUUAAGACCGCGGGGGUCACGCCAAACCCAGUGAAAGGAAUUCCAACUUUGGUCCAAACCUGCCUUAAAUCAGCCGCGCCGACCCCCCGCACCCCAGGACCUGAAAAGUGCACCGAUGCAGCAAUUAACCAUUAAGGGGGCGAGUGUCAUGCGACCAAUGGCGAGAAGCCGAAGAAUGCGGCGGUCCUUGCAGCUGUCUGCGGGACAAAUGGGUUAUGGGGGUGCGGGGUGUUUAGGUCACUUGUUGGCGCUCCUGGUCUUCCUCCCCGUGAUCCAAUAACUGUGCAGUGACAAGGGCAGACACCGCAGUGCUUUCUCCUCCCCCCCAACCAACUAGGCCAGAAACUUUGCUGACACAAAUGAUUAGAGCUCCGUUCACACUGCAGGGUAGGGUGUCCAAAUCGGAUCUUUUUUUUGUGUUUGUCAAAUCCGAUCUUUUUAUGUAGUCGUUGACAUUCCAAAGAAAAUGCGAUGUCUAACGUGAACGCAAACUGACACGCACGCAGAUAUGACGUCACACGUGCUGCAGUGUAAAGUACCGUAUUUUUCGGAGUAUAAGUCGCACCGGAGUAUAAGUCGCACCUGCCGAAAAUGCAUAAUAAAGAAGGAAAAAAACAUAUAUAAGUCGCACUGGAGCCCGGCCAAACUAUGAAAAAAACUGCGACUUAUAGUCCGAAAAAUACGGUAAACAUGGCUCAUUUGUGGCAAUUUCAAGGAUUUGGUGCAAUCAAAGUCAAUUGCACGUAGAAAUUACGAAGGAAGAGAGCAAGCGUUUGCUUUGAAGUCUGGUCCAAAGAGCGUGUGGGCAAGCAAUCGGAGACAGUAGUGGUGGAACAUUGACGUGAGCUCCUAAAACAUUAGUUUCGCCUGUUUUAUGCUCAUUUGUCAACUAUUUACAGUACAGGCCAAAAGUUUGGACACACCUUCUCAUUUCAAUGCGUUUUUCUUUAUUUUCAUGACUGUUUACAUUGUAGAUUGUCACUGAAGGCAUCAAAACUAUGACACCUGUGAAGUGAAAACCAAUUUCAGGUGACUACCUCUUGAAGCCCAUCGAGAGAAUGCCAAGAGUGUGCAAAGCAGUAAUCAGAGCAAAGGGUGGCUAUUUUGAAGAAACUAGAAUAUAAAACAUGUUUUGAGGUAUUUCACCUUUUUUUGUUAAGUACAUAACUCCACAAGUGUUCAUUCAUAGUUUUGAUGCCUUCAGUGACAAUCUACAAUGUAAAUAGUCGUGAAAAUUAAGAAAACGCAUUGAAUGAGAAGGUGUGUCCAAACUUUUGACCUGUGUAUAUUGCAACGGUGUAUUUUCGCUAUAUUAUGAUGAUGCUUAUCGCUAUUUGAUGACGUAUUGGUUAAAUGAAUGCGAUCGCAUCGUUCAAACUGCAGUCCCAUUCGAUGCAUAUCAGAUUUAUAUACUAGGUCAAAAUGGAAAAAUUCGGAAUAGCGUUGUUCACAUUGACAUGACAAAAUCCGAUACAGGUCACAUAUGGGCAGAAAAACUGUCCAAAAACGUCUUGGAAUUGCAAUUGCAUGCAAAGUCUACUGUAUAACACAGUAGACUACAUACUUGCAAAUGAGACACAAGAGUGUAAGAAAACAAUAUAACAACCAGACAGGCCAGCUCAGUAUUAAAUGUAAAUUUUUCUUUUUCUAAACUAUUAACAUUUAUUAACACAUUUGAACAUACACAUUGGUACCGAAAAUUGUUGAGUACAGGUAUCGAUUCAAAUCUGAAAGUUAUUUUACUGUUAUUUCAUAAUGUAUUGGUCGGGAAAAACGCGGCCUGAUCGCAUUCAAUACUUAGAUUCGAUUUAUUCCCACAAAACGAAAGAGGCCAUUGGUCGGAUUUGAAAAUUCAAUAACGUUGUUCACAUUGACAUGAAAAAAAUCUGAUACAGGUCACAUAAGGGCAAAAAAACUGUCCAAAAACGGAAUUGCAAUUGCAUGCAAAGUCUACUGUACCAUACAGUAGGCUACAUACUUGCAAAUGAGACACAGAAGUGUAAGAAAACAAUAUAACAAAUAUAGAGCACAGCUCAGUGUUAAAUGUUAAAUAUUGUUUUAUAAACUAUUAACAUUCAUUAACCCAUUUGUACAGGUAUCCAUUCAAAUGUAAAAGGUAUUUUAUCGCUAUUUGAUGACGUAUUGGUCGGAAGAGCGCGACCUGAUCGUUCAGACUGCAGUCUAUCUUCGAUACUUAUCCGAUUUAUAUCCACAUACGAAAGAGACAUGGGUCAGAUUUGAAAAAUUCGGAAUUGCACUGUUCAUAUUGACAUGAAAAAAAUCAGAUACAGGUCACAUAAAGGCAAAAAAAUUGUCCAAAGACGUCUUGGAAUUGCAACUGCAUGCAAAGUCUACUGUAUAAUACAGUAGGCUACAUACUUGCAAAUGAGACACAGAAGUGUAAGAAAACAAUACAACAACUGGAGAGCACAGCUCAGUGUUAAAUGAUAAAUAUUGUUUUCUAAACAAUUAACAUUUAUCAACACAUUUGAACACACUCAUAAAAACGAAAAUCGUUGAGUACAGGUAUCGAUUCAAAUGUAAAAGGUAUUUUAAUCGCUAUUUGAUGACGUAUUGGUCGGAAGAACGCGACCUGAUUGGUCAGACUGCAGUCGAUCUUCGAUACAUAUCCGAUUUAUAUCCACAAACGAAAGAGACCUGGGUCGGAUUUAAAACAUUUGGAAUUGCACUGUUCACAUUGACAUGAAAAAAUUCGAUACAGGUCACCUUUGAGCAAAAAAAACCUAAGGUCUAACUUUCGCAAUUGCAUGCAAAGUCUACUGUGUAAUACAGUAGGCUACAUACUUGCAAAUGAGACACAGAAGUGUAAGAAAACAAUAUAGCAACUGGACAGCACAGCUCAGUAUUAAAUGUUCAAUAUGUAUUUUCUAAACUAAUAACAUCUAACACAUUUGAACAGAUACAUACGUACCCAGAAUUAGUACCGUUGAGUACAGGUAUUAAUUACCGGGUAAAGGGAAUCGGUACCAUAUCAAUUCAAACGAGAAAGGCAUUUUAUCGCUAUUUGAUGACGUAUUGGUCAGACGAACUGCAGUCACAUUCGAUAUACCUGUAUAUCCGAUUAAUAACCACGUACGUACUUUUCACAUUGACUCGAAAAAAUCCGAUACAGGUCGAAUACGGGCAAAAAAAGUUGGAAUUGACCUGCAGUGUGAACAAGGCCGAGGAGUCAUUUCGGGGGUGCUGAAUUCAAUAAUGAAUCUUUGGGCUGUUUUGUGAACCAAACUAUGUAACCUUGUGCAAGGGGUUCUAAACACGUGUGAAUUGAUCUAAUCAGCAGAGGAAAACAAGUUUGGUGUUCUGCUCAAACAAAAGUUCCUAAAGACCAAAAAAAAGAGACAACUUGUUGCUAUGUGAGAUGUCUUAAACGUUCCUGUCUCGGCGAUAUAUCUACAAGAAUAACUUCAAUUUUCCGCACAACCUAACAACUCCCAAACGUGAUCUCCCCAACAACGCCAAAGGCCCCUCCGAUCGCAUCAGAGCGCUACCUCCCCCGCACAAGACUGGUCUCUGUGGAAACGGACCCUUGAAUGAGCCUUGCUUUUUGUAUCCGGAUGUCCCCCUCUGCUUUAUCUGGGAACCACCGACACCAUCUCAAACCAAGACGGAACCCUUUGUUGUCGUUAUGUCAUGACGUUUCAUUUCUAUUUCCAUGGCAUUAUUUUGUAUAUUUCAUUUUUUUUUUCACAAUGUGAAAUCCAUGGCUGAAUAAACAUGAGGUUUUUCCUCUUGGCUGUAAAGAA